GCAGACAAUAUCAUAUUACUUGCAUUUGAGGACGACUGAACUUCUUGGAUCAGUUUGAAACCAUCGCCUAGCAAUGAGGCCCACAUACAGCUACCUUCUUCUUGCUUCCAUUUCCUAUGUCCAUGGAUGGGGUAAAAAGCCGCAAAAGCCUCAACAGCCUGCGUUCUGCCUAAAAGCACCAUUUAAUGGCAACUGUCAACCAUUAACGCCACACUGGUACUUUGAUGACAAACGAAAGAUCUGCAGACCAAUGAAUCCUGGAUUUUGCAGCGGAGGCAGCAACAAGUUUGUAUCUUUCAAAAAGUGUAUGGAAGCCUGUCAGGCACGUACUAAGAUCGUCAACCCGCAGUGCCUCAAACCACCGGUUAUGGUACCCUGUGGUGUGGUACGUCACGCUUGGUACUUUGAUUCGAACACGAAAAGCUGCAAAAUGUUCAGCUACAGCAGCUGCGCCAGCGCUCAAAACAACUUCUUCACAGAAUUGAAGUGUCAGUCGGUAUGUCUACCAAGAAUAAAGCCGGAGCCAUUCUGCAGCCAAGAUCCUAUACCUGAUAUGUGCCUUCUACGAAGGAAGCACUAUUACUUCAAUUUUAAAAACAACACAUGUAUGGAGUUCCCAAAGAAAGGUUGCGGGAAAGGCCACAACAGCUUCGCCUCGUUAGAAAAGUGCAUGAAUACAUGCAGCUAUACCCACUCCACGGCGGCCUGCCGAACUUGCGAACAAAAAAUUCAAAAUGUGCUGCCGCCCCCGGGAAAACCCGGAGAGCCCAUCAUUAUGGGGCCAGUCAGUCCACUCACCCCACCAGGCCAGUCCACCUCACUUAACCGACCUAGCCAACAUGGCCAAACCAGCCCAAUUAGCCAUAUGGGCCCAACUUCUCAACCGGCCACCCCUAUCUCGCCUAUGUAUCCCAGCCAACCAAGUCAAGCGGGAUCAAGCUUCCCCGGCCAUGCCAGCGCACCCGGUCUUGCCAGUGGAACCGGUCAGCCCAGCCAACCACGCUUUGACUUACCAGGCCAACCUGCCUUGCCUAACACUUCUAGGGCAGCUAGCCAACCUUAUCCAAAUACGCUACCUGGAUAUCCCACUCGGCCUAUUAUGUCGGCCUAUCCCGGCGUCUCACCAACCCGUUCUGCUCGUCCAAAAUAAUCAACCAACCUUAGCUGGUGCUACUGCA